ACGCUAUAUAGUGAAACCUGAACACCAAGAGGCCAAUAGCUGGUUAAACACCCUAACCUGAGGGCUGUCUCUCUCUGCAUCACCAUGAAAGGACGAGAAGGCGAGAUGGAGAGCCCGCCCAAGAUGGACCCUGGCUCCAACGGACACAGCCGGCCCCUGGACAUUGUGCCCAGCGCCGACAACAAGAUCCAAGAGAGGGGCCAGUGGGGGAACAAGGUGGAGUUCGUUCUCUCCGUGGCGGGAGAGAUCAUCGGCCUGGGCAACGUGUGGCGCUUCCCUUACCUCUGCUACAAGAACGGAGGAGGGGCGUUCUUCAUCCCCUACCUGAUCUUCCUCUUCGCCUGCGGGAUCCCCGUGUUCUUCCUGGAGACGGCGCUGGGCCAGUUCACCAGCCAGGGAGGCAUCACCUGCUGGAGGAAGAUCAGCCCUCUGUUUGAAGGAGUGGGCUAUGCCACCCAGGUGAUCGUGGCGCUGUUGAACUUCUAUUACAUCGUCGUGCUGGCCUGGGCCAUCUUCUACCUGUCCCACUCCUUCACCUGGGAUCUGCCCUGGGCCUCCUGCAACAACACCUGGAACACAGAAUCUUGUGUGGAGUUUCAGAGGAGGAAUGAUUCCAUCAAUCAAGCCCCCCAUGUGAACGGCACCUCUCCUGUCAUCGAGUUCUGGGAACGCAGGGUUCUCCGUAUCUCGUCAGGCAUCGAUCAGAUCGGCUCUCUGAACUGGGACCUUGUUCUGUGCCUUGCCAUUGCCUGGGUCAUCUGCUACUUCUGCAUCUGGAAGGGAGUCAAGUCCACUGGGAAGGUGGUGUACUUCACGGCGACCUUCCCAUACGCCAUGCUGGUGAUCCUCCUGAUCAGAGGCGUGACUCUGCCAGGGGCGUCUAGGGGGAUUGAGUUCUACCUGUACCCUGACCUGAGCAGACUGAAGGACCCACAGGUGUGGAUGGACGCUGGGACUCAGAUCUUCUUCUCCUACGCCAUCUGUCUGGGCUGCCUCACCGCACUGGGGAGCUACAACAAGUACAACAACAACUGCUACAGGGACUGCAUCGCGCUGUGCUUCCUGAACAGCGGGACCAGCUUCGUGGCAGGCUUUGCCAUCUUCUCUAUCCUGGGCUUCAUGUCGUUUGAGCAGAACGUUCCCAUCUCAGAGGUGGCCGAGUCUGGACCUGGUUUGGCCUUCAUAGCCUACCCCCGAGCAGUGUCCAUGAUGCCCUUCUCCCCUCUAUGGGCCUGCUUCUUCUUCAUCAUGAUCGUCCUGCUCGGCCUUGAUAGCCAGUUUGUGUGUGUGGAGAGCCUGGUGACAGCCAUGGUAGACAUGUAUCCUUCCACCUUCCGCCGUAAGAACCGCCGGGAACUCUUCAUCCUGGGUGUGGCCAUCGUAUCCUUCCUCAUGGGCCUCAUCAUGCUGACUGAGGGUGGCAUGUAUGUCUUCCAGCUCUUUGACUACUAUGCUGCCAGUGGAAUGUGCCUGCUCUUUGUGGCUGUCUUUGAGACUGUUUGCAUUGCUUGGGUUUAUGGCGCAGACCGAUUUUAUGACAAUAUUGAAGACAUGAUAGGCUACCGUCCGAGUCCUGUCAUCAAAUACUGCUGGAUGUUCUUCACCCCGGCCACUUGUUUUGGAACCUUUGCCUUCUCCCUGAUCAAGUACACCCCUCUGAAGUACAAUAACGAGUAUGAGUAUCCUGGGUGGGGUUACGGGCUGGGCUGGGUCCUGGCCAUGUCCUCCAUGCUGUGCAUCCCGCUCUGGAUGAUCCAUAAACUGUGGACUACCGAGGGCACCUUGAAAGAGCGUCUUCAAGUCCUCACCACGCCCUCUGACGACUUACCCAAAACCAAGCGUGAGCAGAAGAAGCUGCUGGCCAUGUUUGCCUCCGACGGGGACGGCCCCCGGCAGAGAGGAGCCCCCACCAAGGACGGCUACUUCCCCGUCAGCGAGAAGGAGUCCCACUGCUAGAGGUGGCCUGCGGAGGAGGCUCGAUCCAGCAGGUCUCGUGUGUCUGUCCCCCGACGUGGCCCAGACCCCAUCUUAGUUUGUCUCUUUAAUACCUCACACAGGACAAGACAGUCCUAUCAGCUCCGGUGCUGUGGCGUCUCCGCUCUCCUGGUCCUCUCGGCACAGACUACUGUAUUUCUGGAACUUUCCGUUUGCUGCUUCGUAUACACACUCGCAUGAAGCCGUCGUCCUGUGACUUAGCCACUUCCACUUCAUGCAGAAGUCGAUCGCACUUCUGCACCCUUUGGGGUCUGUGAACUAGAAAAGAUACAUGUUUUUAUUUGUUGCUAGUUGGUCCACCCAUGGCAGUUGAGCAGACCUUGUCGUGACUCACCCUGGGGCUGAGGCUGUUUCCAUGAUCACAUCUGCUUUCUAAGGAAGCAUUGUAGUUGUUGUUGUUUACUUGCAUAUUUGUGAUUUGAUGUUAGGCAUAUGGUGUAAUAAGUCGCAAAAGGCUAACUGGCAUGGAAGAAAGUGUUGAUGCAUUUAUGCACAAUCCUUAAAGUUCACUUGAAUUCAUUCCGAUUCAUGAAUCGAGUUGGAACUGCUUUGACAUUGGCCGUUUCAGUUCCUUGUUUGCCUGUAAAAUAUGCUUAUUGUUCUUUCAGUAUCUUUAGGUGUUCUGUUUAUUUUUGAAUGUAUUGUAAUUGAGCUGCAUCUAGUUGUGUUGCGGCGACAUCAUAGUUUAGUGUAGCAUAGAGGAAGAUCCGAAUAUGGCAUUAAAUAUAUAACUGAAAACACGGGGUUACAUGAAUAUAGGAUUCACAUUUCAAUAUAUUUUUUGGUGAAGAUACAUUUUAAAUGUGCACACUCCACUGAAUUAGUAUUCAGUAUUUUUUUUUCUCUUAUGUGGUUAAGAUAGAACUUAAUAUGUAAAAGACCUACACAAUCAGGAAAAAAAGUUGUUCAUGCCAACAAACACUAUUCUCUUUUCAUGCUUGUUUAGUUUUAUGCCUUUUUUGUUGUACGUAAAAUAUAUAUAUAUAUAUAUAUAAAUUACAACUUGUGCAUCAUAACCUUGUUCAUCAUGAAGUUGAUUGUCUUUAUUCAACCAGAGGCUAUUUGAAUAAGCUAUGCUACCCUGGGGUUAUUAUGGCUGGAUUCAAAUGUACUGCUUUUGAUGCAAAACCUUACUUGGACUGUUAUGUAAUCAUUGGGUUUGAGCAUUUUUCUAAGUACUGUGGAAUUAUUACUUUCUCAAAUAAUGAAAUGAAAAAAUAUUGAAGUCUUGCCCACAUUGUGUGUUGUUUGGAUUCAAAAGUUUUAUUGUGUAUAUUUCCAAAAAGGCCAACAUUGAUAAAUCAAACGAUGAAUGUAGUUAGAACAAAGUUGUCGGAAAUAUUGCAUUUGUGUACAAACGGUUUUUGCUGUGUGUGUUGUAUGAAGCCACACUAGUAACAGAGGGCGGCACAUAUUUUAAAAUGUGUAGAUGUCUGACAGUCCUCUCAACAACGUGGUCUGGGUUGCUAGGGAACUGGGUGCGUUUUCUUGCAUGUUCGCAGAGUUUGGAUUCAUGAUUUACAUUGUAGUGUAGUUUGUGGUGAGAUAUAACAAUUUAUUAAAUACAUAGCCUACUAUAAACAUUUGCACUAACAGGGUUCAUAAAAAACUGCCAAGUGGCAUGUCUCAGAGAUGCAAAGCUGAGUACAGUACAAAUGUAUUACAACUGACAUUGUAAAAUAAGAACAUUUAUAUUAAAAGU